AUGGCGGUCACAGAUCAUGUUGAUGAAGCAACCACCACCACAGCAACAACAACGAUGCAGACGACAAUUGACGCUGGGAGUCCAUUUUAUAUACAUCCUUCCGAUAGUCCAGGAUCUAGUCUAGUUCCGGUGCCUUUUGAUGGAAUUGGAUACCGCUCCUGGAGGAGGAGUGUACUCAGAGCCCUCUCUGUGAAGAAUAAGCUAGGGUUCAUUACUGGAGAUACUCAAAAACCUCUUGUGACUUCUCCACUCUUUCGCCAAUGGGAAAGAUGUGAUGAUAUGGUCACCUCGUGGAUUCUGAAUUCUCUAUCGAGAGAUAUAGCUGACAGUGUUGAGUAUGUGAAUGAUUCCGUCGAAUUGUGGAAAGAGCUUCAGGAUCGAUAUGAUCAGACGAAUGGGGCCAAAUUGUACCAAAUUCAGAAGGAAAUCAACGAUUUGAGCCAGGGAGUACUUGAUAUUACUGGAUAUUACACGAAGAUGAAGAAACUCUGGGAGGAAUUGAAUACUCUCAGUGUUAAGGCUCAUUGUAGCUGCAUAUGCACCUGA